UGUUACGCCGUGAUGGGUGCUGAAAGGAGUCAUGACGUUGGAGCCUUGGAACUGGACACUUGCGAUGCUUUGCGAUGCCGUGAAGCCGUCGUCGCGUCGCUGCAGCAGCAGAAGAAGGAGAAGAAGAAGCUGAAGAAGGAGAGGAAGCUGAAGAAGUAGAAGUAGGAACGAAGAGACGAAGAAGACGAAGAAGCGAAGCAAAGCAAGGCCCACACGAAUGGGUUGAUGGGGCCACCACAGGGAAACUGAUACAGAGUGUUCGGAUCACGUGAGAGAGGAGGGGAGCUGGCGCGGCGCCAGGGCUUGCUGCUGCAGCACACCGACGCGAGCCGGGCAUGCGGAAGCGUUGAAGCGCGAGGAGGAGGAAGAGAGAGCGAGAGAGAUCAAGAGAGAGAGAACAGGAGACUUCAUUGCAUUGGGGGAUGGUGUCGGGAUUUCGAAUUGGGGCGCAGGGAGGAGGGAGUUGAGAGGAGGAGGCGAUGGGGAUGGGGCGACGGAGAGGCCUCGUCGCGGGGGUAAUGUGGGUGGCGAUGAUGGUGGCGAGUGUGUGGCGGUGUAGUGCCCAGCAUCGGUUCCACCUGGUUCACGCGUAUUCGCACUUGGAUGGGUCGACUGCCAUGGCUACCCACGGUCGGGGCAUGUCCUCGGAGUAUUAUCGCACACUGCGUGAGCAUGAUCAGCGGCGCCUGCGCCGCAUUUUGCCUGAAGUUGUUGCUUUCCCCAUCUCCGGCGACGAUGACACCUUCACCACGGGAUUGUACUAUACACGAAUUUACCUAGGCACACCGCCACAGCAAUUUUACGUACAUGUAGACACAGGCAGCGAUGUCGCAUGGGUGAAUUGCGUUCCUUGCACCAACUGUAAGCGUGCAAGCAACGUUGCGCUUCCGAUUUCAAUCUUCGACCCUGAAAAGUCGACGUCGAAAACAAGUAUAAGCUGCACAGACGAGGAAUGUUAUUUGGCUUCGAACUCAAAGUGCUCUUUUAAUUCAAUGUCAUGCCCUUAUUCAACUUUGUACGGGGACGGUAGCAGCACGGCUGGAUACCUCAUCAAUGACGUAUUAUCUUUUAAUCAAGUUCCUAGUGGCAAUUCUACCGCCACAAGUGGUACUGCGAGGCUUACUUUUGGGUGUGGAUCUAAUCAAACAGGGACAUGGUUAACAGAUGGCCUUGUUGGUUUCGGUCAGGCAGAAGUAUCCUUACCUAGUCAAUUAUCCAAACAGAACGUCUCGGUUAACAUUUUUGCGCAUUGCUUACAAGGAGACAAUAAGGGAAGCGGCACUCUUGUCAUUGGGCACAUUCGUGAACCUGGCUUGGUUUACACUCCUAUAGUGCCUAAGCAGAGUCAUUACAAUGUAGAAUUGUUGAAUAUCGGCGUUAGUGGGACGAAUGUCACCACACCUACUGCUUUCGAUUUAUCGAACUCAGGCGGUGUUAUUAUGGACAGUGGAACCACUCUUACGUAUCUGGUGCAGCCAGCAUACGAUCAAUUUCAAGCGAAAGUGAUUAGUGCUUCACCUAUCCCACCUAGUCAGAUCAGUGAUAGUCAAGGCAACAAGAGAUAUUGUUUUAUUUAUUCUGGCAGAAUAGAGGGCUAUUUUCCGAACGUUACUCUCUACUUCGCUGGGGGAGCAGCUAUGUUGUUGAGCCCGAGUAGUUACCUCUAUAAGGAAAUGCUCACGACUGGUUUAUCAGCGUAUUGUUUUAGUUGGCUCGAAAGUACGAGCGUAUAUGGCUACUUGUCUUAUACAAUAUUUGGAGAUAAUGUGUUGAAAGAUCAGCUGGUUGUGUACGACAAUGUGAACAAUCGAAUUGGCUGGAAGAACUUCGACUGCACUAAAGAAAUAUCAGUGAGCAGCACUGCAACAAGCAUGCCUGUGACGGUUUUCCCAAGCAAAGCUGGCCCUCCGGGUGCUUUCGUCACUACCAAUAAUGCCCAUUCCAAUGGUGCUUCCUUUUCCAACUGGCUCAUAACCAUCGCUAGUUUGCCGUUGUUUUCUGUAAUAUGGGCAUGGGGCACAUGACGUGCUAUUAUUUUAAGUUUAUUUCAACCGCACAAGGGAGUGGUGUUUUGGCCCUCAUUUGUGACCUUAGUAUGACGACGUAACUUCCAUGCAAUAAAUAUUAGAUGUUCAUAUUUUCCAUCUCUUCCAUUGUAAUUGAAGAAAUUAUGAAUACGAUGUGAGAUGAUAUUCUUUCAAUGAA